ACUUCCUUUUCCCUCCACCAUCAGUUACAUCAUCAUCACACACCUCCGAGAGGAAGACAGGCACCCUGCCAUGGCGUCGGCCAAGCUGGGCUCGUCGCCGUCCGAGUGGACGCGGGGGGAGGACAAGAUGUUCGAGCGCGCCCUGGCGGUGUACGACACGGACACCCCGGACCGGUGGCACAACGUGGCGCGCUACAUGGGCGGCACCAAGUCCGUCGACGAGGUGCGCCGCCACUACCAGCUGCUCGUCCGCGACGUCGCGCAGAUCGAGUCCGGCGGGGUGCCGUUCCACUGGUACGCCGCCGCGCCGCCGCCGCCGACGCUGCAGCGAGGUUGAACUGAGCUUCAAUGAAGGGGAAGGAUUGCACAGUGGCUAGCUAGCUGUGCUCCUCCAAGAAGAUUUAUAAAUUGUGCAUGUGUGCGCGUUGAAUGGAAAUGGCAAAGCUAGCUAGGAUAUCGAGAUUGAUGCCCGAUCUCUGCUGCUCUUUAAUCUUGUGUACCAAGUUCAGCUUUUCAUAUAUAUGGAUCGAAUUACAUAAAUGCCUCAUGAAUGUUCCUCUCAUGAGUUGAAAUAUUGUGUGUGAAUUAUUAAGGCAA